AUCCGUAAUAUUUUCAUUAAUUCAAACAAAUAACCGCAAAAUUUCGCCAAGUAGCGCGCUUUCCAACACCGAACGAUAGCACAUUAUACCGGCCAAACGGUCACACCGAUUCAGCUGACGCUUCUUGCAGAUCAUUUUUUUUGGCAUUUAAAAAAUCGAACGGUUUCGGCGCGUUGUCCGCUUUGCGCCUGUUUUCUGUGUUUCGUGCAUUUUGAGUGGCGUCAAAGAUCAUUAGUGGACUCGGUCGUUAAUUGUGAGGAUCUAUUAAUUACUGCCGUUUAAGUGUUCUUUUGGGGCGAUCGCGGUUAACCAGGCUGCGAGAAAGCAAUUUUUUCCCAACUUCAGGCAAAACGCCAGUGCAAAAGGGAGCCCCAGGAAGCAGAGCAAAAUGGCCGCAAAGCCCGAUGAUAAGAGCUCGGAUAUUCCGGAUCGCCUGUUUGACUCCAACCAGCGAAAGACCUACAAGCGCCUGCGGUUCUUCGGCAAGGGCGGCUUUGCAAAAUGCUACGAAAUCAUCGAUGUGGCUACCGACGAAACAUUCGCCGGCAAGAUCGUCUCGAAGAAGCUAAUGAUCAAGCACAAUCAGAAGGAGAAGACCAUCCAGGAGAUCACCAUUCACCGCAGCCUCAACCAUCCGAACGUUGUCAUGUUCCACAGCUACUUUGAGGAUACGCAGAAUAUCUACAUUGUGCUGGAGCUGUGCAAGAAGCGAUCCAUGAUGGAGCUACACAAGCGCCGGAAAAGCAUCACGGAGUUCGAGUGCCGCUACUACAUCUAUCAGAUUAUCCAGGGCGUCAAGUAUCUGCACGACAAUCGCAUCAUUCAUCGCGAUCUGAAGCUGGGCAACCUCUUCCUCGAUGAUUUGCUGCACGUCAAGAUCGGUGACUUUGGUCUGGCCACGCGCAUCGAGUACGAGGGCGAGCGGAAGAAGACACUGUGCGGCACGCCCAACUACAUUGCCCCAGAGAUACUCACCAAGAAGGGCCACUCCUUCGAGGUGGACAUCUGGUCAAUUGGCUGCGUCAUGUACACGCUGCUGGUCGGCCAGCCGCCGUUCGAAACAAAGACGCUGAAGGAUACCUACUCGAAGAUCAAGAAGUGCGAGUACCGCGUUCCCAGCUACCUGAGGAAGCCGGCGGCAGACAUGGUGAUUGCUAUGCUUCAGCCGAAUCCGGAGAGCAGGCCUGCCAUUGGCCAUUUACUCAACUUUGAGUUCCUCAAGGGCUCCAAGGUACCGAUGUUCUUGCCCAGCUCGUGCCUGACGAUGGCGCCCCGAAUCGGUAGCAACGAUACCAUUGAGGAUGCGGUGCACCGCAAGCCGCUGAUGGAGAUGAACGGAAUGAGGCCGGAUGACACACGCAUGGAGUCGACCUUCCUCAAGGCCCAUCUCCACGACGCCAUCACCGCCUCGGCGCAGGUGUGUCGCCAUAGCGAGGACUAUCGCAGCGACAUCGAGAGCCUGUACCAGCAGCUCACCAAUCUCAUCAACGGCAAGCCGCGCAUCCUGCAAGGCAAUCUGGGCGAUGAGAACACUGAUCCGGCGGCACAGCCGCUCUUCUGGAUCUCAAAAUGGGUGGAUUAUAGCGACAAAUAUGGCUUCGGCUACCAGCUGUGCGACGAGGGCAUCGGCGUGAUGUUCAACGACACCACAAAGCUGAUCCUCUUGCCCAACCAGAUCAACGUGCACUUCAUCGACAAGGAUGGCCAGGAGAGUUAUAUGACCACCACCGACUAUUGCAAGACGCUCGACAAGAAGAUGAAGCUGCUGUCGUACUUCAAGCGCUACAUGAUCGAGCACUUGGUCAAGGCCGGCGCCAACAAUGUGAACAUCGAGAGUGAUCAGAUCUCGCGUAUGCCGCAUCUGCACUCCUGGUUCCGCACCACAUGCGCCGUGGUCAUGCAUCUGACCAAUGGAUCCGUGCAGCUCAACUUCUCGGAUCACAUGAAGCUCAUCCUCUGCCCACGCAUGAGUGCCAUUACCUAUAUGGAUCACGAGAAGAACUUCCGCACCUACCGAUUCUCGACCAUAGUGGAGAACGGAGUGUCCAAGGACUUGUACCAGAAGAUCCGCUACGCCCAGGAGAAACUUAGGAAAAUGCUGGAGAAGAUGUUCAUCUAGAAGGACCCAUCAUCAAGCUAAACUUUCCCACGAACUAAACACGAAACACUCCCCAAAAGCGCACACACGUUUUAAAAAUUUUAUAAUUUCUGUUCAAAGUUAUUUGAUUGUUCUAUGUUUUCUGUUUAGAGUUUAUUUGUUUUCCCCUCAGUUCAGUACGUGGUUGUAGUUCAUCUAUAUACAUAAUAUACAUAAAUGUUUAAUGGUCCUCACACCCGAUCACUUAAUAAAUCUACAAAUAAACGCAUUCAUACAACUAUGUUAAGCAAUGGUGAUCCAAGCACCGAACCAUUAACAUUACGAUCAAAAUUUA